AUGUCGGAGGAUCCAAAGCAGAUCGCGCAUGAGACCGAGUCUCUCCGCAAGGUGGCAUUCUUUGGAAUCGCCGUCUCGACGAUCGCCACCCUGACCGCGAUCAUCGCCGUCCCGAUGCUCUACAACUACAUGCAGCACGUGCAGUCCUCCCUCCAGACCGAGGUCGAGUUCUGCCAGCACAGAUCCAACGGACUCUGGGACGAGUACAAGAGAGUGAGUUACACUAUCGAGAAGAUUAUGUCAUCUGAAUAUUUGUGUUUCAGUUCCAAGGAGUGUCUGGAGUCGAGGGACGCAUCAAGAGAGAGGCCUACCACCGUCGCCUCGGAGUUUCGGGAGCCACCCGCAAAUCCCGCCGUCAGUCUUACGGAGCUGAUGCCGCCGUCGGAGGAUUCGGAGGUUCUGCCGGAGGAUCGUGCUGCUCGUGCGGAGUCGGAGUUGCUGGACCACCAGGAGCCCCAGGAACUGACGGAGCCCCAGGAAACGACGGAGCUGCUGGAGCCCCAGGAAACCCAGGACAGGAUGCCGCCGAGGACGACGUCGCCGGACCAGACAGCUUCUGCUUCGAUUGCCCAGCAGGACCACCAGGACCAUCCGGAGCCCCAGGACAAAAGGGACCAUCGGGAGCCCCAGGAGCCCCAGGACAAUCCGGAGGAGCUGCUCUUCCAGGACCACCAGGACCAGCUGGACCACCAGGACCACCAGGACAGCCAGGAUCCAACGGAAAUGCCGGAGCCCCAGGAGCCCCAGGACAAGUCGUCGAUGUGCCAGGAACCCCAGGACCAGCCGGACCACCAGGACCAGCCGGACCAGCUGGAGCCCCAGGAACCCCAGGACAAGCCGGAAGCUCGCAGCCAGGAGGCCCGGGACCACAGGGAGAUGCUGGAGCACCAGGAGCCCCAGGAGCCCCAGGACAGGCUGGACACCCAGGAGAGGACGGAGCUUCCGGAGCCGAGGGAGCUUGCGACCACUGCCCACCACCACGCACCGCCCCAGGAUACUAA